AAUUGGGGUGGGGGGUACAGCAGCAGUGCCCUCAGAGCACAGUAGUAUCCGAUUCGAUAACAAGCAGUAGCAAUAUAACCAGUAGCAGUAUUCAACUCUCCACCGGCGGAGGUAGCAGCAGCAACAGCAGCAGCAGCGCCUCUUGGAACUUAACGCCCACGUCGCCGUCAGCCAACGUUAAGAAACCGGCUAACGCCUCUGGAACGCCGGUUUCGUCCGCGGCCAUUGUCAGCAGCAGCAGUGGCGGAAGCAGCUUUCCUUCACCGAACAAUCCGAUGAAUUUCGACAAAAAAGCUCUCUCAUCAUGUCGCUAUCAGCAGGAAAAGGCUGACUAUUACCAAGAUGCUUCCAGUCGAAUGCUAGCGCAAGCAUCAUCGUCGGCAUAUUCGUUCCAAGAAUCGGCAUUUGCUGCAGCUGCUGCAGCAGCCGCUGCCCAGCAGCAACAGCAACAAGCCCAGCAGGCCCAACAGGCCGCUGUCGCUGCUGCAGCCGCCCAACAAGCAGCAGCCGCUGCGGCUGCCGCCCAGCAGCUUUCGGCAGCCAGUAACGCGGCUAUCUUUUCACCACAUUUUGCUACCGGUUCUUAUGCCACUGGUUCCAUGUCAGUCGGAUCGUAUGACAGCUCUGCUGCUACAGCUGCUCGUUCUUGUGCUCUGCCAUCGCCCACCAUAUAUCCACCAACCCCCCCACCCUCAGCACCAUGGAUCCAUCCCUGGUAUAGCGGCGAUACCUUUUAG